AGGUACUGUUUCACAUCAGAGGACCGGUAGAUCCACGGGAUGAUAGAAAUUGCUCGGAAAAUAGAGUUUUAAAGGAUCGCAACAACGGCUGAAGCAAGGACUCAAAAGGGCGUUGGAAUUUUGGAGAGAAAUGUCAACACAAGGAGAUUGUUGUCACUGGAGUAAAAAGUAUCAUUUUCCGCCAUAUCUCUAUGGCUGAGAGGAGAGGUAGCACAACUCGUUAUGUUAAACUUCGCAUAUUCGCCGGUCAGUUGCUCGCCGCUGUCCAGUCCACUGUGAUAUCGGUUUCGGAGACUGCCACGACAAGGCAAGUAUUAAGAUUGACUCUCGGACAAUUGGAAAUAAACGAAAAACCGGAGAAUUUCGAGUUGGUCGAGGUUUGCUAUCGAGAUAGUGUUUUGGACGAGGACAGCGAGAGGGUCCUAAGUGGAUCUGACCAACCCUACAAAGUUCAACAGAGUUGGAGAAAGUUGCCUCCAAAAGUCAGAACUUCAUAUCGACUUUUUAUCCGAGAAAAAGUCGACGAUAGAGACGAAACGAAACCAGAACUACUCCGACAACAUUGGAUGGAUUGCCACGAAAGCGUAAGGAACUGCCACGAGUUAGACUUCGAUCUGGAAUCCAAACUUCCUGAUGACGAUCUCUGUCGUUUGCCAACGUUAUCAGAGCAAACUUUGCUCGAACAUUUGGAAGAAAGGUUUUCCCAAGGACGUAUUUAUACUUACGUGGGAGAAAUACUCAUCGCUGUGAACCCCUUUCGCUUUUUUCCUAUGUACAAUCCAAAAUUUAUAAAUGCAUACAACAACCGGAACUUAGGGUCCCUUCCUCCACAUAUUUUCGCUAUUGGCGAUGUAGCUUUUCAUCGUAUGCUGCGAGAGAAGAAAAGUCAGUGUGUUGUGAUUAGUGGCGAAAGUGGAUCUGGGAAAACGGAAAGUACUAAGCUUAUAGUUCAUCAUUUGACGGCUUUGGGUCUAAAAACUCAAGCUACGUCAGUGGAGAAGACCAUUCUUGGUGUCGGUCCGGUCCUUGAGGCUUUUGGGAAUGCUAGCACUGCAUACAACAACAAUUCAAGUAGAUUUGGUAAAUUUACUCAAAUCAAGUUCAGGCCUGAUGGAGCUGUAUGUGGAGCUGCUUUGAGGAAGUAUUUGUUGGAAAAGUCAAGAAUUGUUUCACAAGCUCCAGAGGAGAGUAUCCAUAUAUUAUCCACCAAGCAGAAUGAAUGCUACUCCCUAGAAGGGAUCGACGAAGCCUAUGAAUUUCUAAGACUCAAAAAAUCUAUGGAAAUGGUGGGCUUUACAGCUGAUGUGCAAAAGAGAAUUUUUAGCAUUUUAUCUGCUGUACUGCAUAUUGGAAAUAUCAACAUUUCGCAAAGACCAGGACAUGAAGAAGCCAUUGUAAGAAAUAGUGAAGAUCACACCAUUGACAUUGUCUGUGAUCUCCUGAUGGUUACUCGGCACAAUCUUGUUGAAGUUUUAACAACAAAGAAAACGAAAACCAGAAAUGAGCAGUUUAUUGUACCAUAUAAAUACGAAGAGGCCAUAGCCACAAGAGAUGCAAUGGCUAAAGCGCUGUAUGGCACUCUGUUUGACUGGAUUGUGUUGCAAGUGAACCAUGCAUUGGCUAUCAAGCAAUUGAACGUAGUAGAGGGAUGCUCUAUAGGAGUUUUGGAUAUUUUUGGAUUUGAAGAUUUCCAGCAUAACAGUUUUGAGCAAUUCUGUAUCAAUUUUGCCAAUGAAAAGCUUCAAUUUUACUUCAACAAACAUGUGUUCAGGCUAGAGCAGGAUGAAUAUAUUUCUGAAGGAAUUGAGUGGAGGAGUGUGGAGUUUGUUGACAAUGCGGCAUGUUUGGAUUUGAUUUGUGGUCGGCCAACAGGUCUGUUAAACUUGAUCGACGAGGAGAGCAGCUUUCCUGGUGCAACAGAAAGUUCUUUGUUAGCCAAGCUGGACAAGAAUCAUUCAGGCCACAAGCAUUACGAACAGUCUCUUAUACAGCAGGCGUUUGUCAUCAAGCAUUAUGCAGGAAAUGUGAAAUAUAAUAUCCAGGGAUUUUUGGACAAGAACAGAGAUCUCAUGAGGCCGGACAUUUUAAGCCUUCUCAAGAACAGUGAUUCAAGAUAUGUGAGGGAACUACUCGGAGCCGAUCCGUUAGCAGUGUACAGAUGGUCAAUUCUCAGGUCCUUUUUCAAAGCAGUACAUGCUUUCAAAGUGGCGGGCAGAGAGUAUCGCUCAAGUGGAAAAGCAAAUGAUCGUGUGGUUAAAAGUCCUGGAGGACGAAAGAGGAAAACUGUGUACAGAGAUUGGGAGCAAGAUCCUAACAUGAAGGGAUCAAGAUUGCAUGCCUUUAAUUCUGAUGAAGGACAUCCAAACAACGAAACAGCGAAUCUGUUUCGAAAAGCUUCGAGGGUGAUCAGGAAGAUGCAAAGUAACAAACAGGUGGCCAAGCCGCUCUCAAAGAUUCGUCAAGGUCUAGAAACCAAACGCGACAUGACUGUGCGAACGUUGGAUUACCUGUUCAGAACGAUGCAGCGAGGGAAAGGAACGCCCAAAAACCCACCCACAGUCAGCGCUCAGUUCCAGUCGUCUCUUGGUCGUCUAGUGGAGCUCCUGGAAGAGGCCCAGCCUUUCUUUGUUCGCUGCAUCAGAUCCAACGCAGAGAAAGCUCCAAUGAAAUACGAUCGCGAUCUGGUGGUUCGUCAGCUGAGGUACACUGGCAUGCUGGAGACUGUGCGGAUCAGGACUCUUGGCUAUCAGUGGCGGUUCACUUUUGAGGAAUUUGUGAAACGGUACAGCUUGCUGUUUCCGCGGAAGGAUAUCAAAGAUGUACGCGAAGAGAUGCCGGGUAUUCUAGAAUCAUUGAAACUGAAUCCUCGUGAGUUCCAGAUAGGCAAAGAAAAAGUAUUUCUGCGAGACAGUCAGCAUGCUUUGUUGCAAUCUCGGCUGCACUUGGAGCAGAUCCACAAAAUCUGUGUGUUACAACGAUGGAUCAGAGGUACUCUACAGAGAAAGCAGUUUAUUCGACAAAGAAAUGCUGCUGUCCUGAUACAGGCCUGCUGGCGAGGUUACUUAGUUCGUGCUGACCUCGAGGAACAGUCUCUUGCUGCUCUUCGGAUCCAGUCCUUGUGGCGAAUGUACUUGGCGCGGCGUGAGUAUCACAGUAUUCGUGAGAGAGUUAUUUUGCUUCAAAGUCAUGCAAGAGGACACUUGGCGAGAAUAAGGCAUUUACAAAGACUUGAAGAACACAAGACGAAGCCUCUAUCACCUCUGCAGGGAUCUCCUCGGCAAUUUAAUCGAUCUCUUAGUGACCCUCAAGGCUACAAUGCACUUUUUCCCGAGGAUGAUUUUAGUGUUGAGGAGGAUGAAGGAAGUGAUGUGCAAGAACUUUCACAUAUUUACGAAGAAAUAAAAAAUCCAGGAUCGCCUAGACAACGGAGUCCCUCUAGGGUGAAGGACAUAUCCAAGAUAUUCAGCGGUACCUCGCCACCAAAUGGAUCAAAAUGCCCGGUUGUCCGCCAGAGAUCCAAUUCGGAACCAAACAGCCCUGAAUUCGCGCGGAGUCGUCCACCGCCGCUGGAGCUUUCUCCUUCGCCCACCAAACGCGUGGCACCCUCCAAGCUAAGUCCCAUUCCGUCACCGACACUCACCUUUAACAAAGGAAACGAAAGGGGCGACGAUUUCAAGUCAAACCCGAGACUUUCACGAAGACUCACCAGUAGUUUCCGAAAGCGCCUUUCCUCCAAAAUGAAGCCCGGGCAUCGGUAUAGCACCUCGGACGUUCUGGAUGACCGAGGAAGAACCACCUCUCCCCCGUUGUUCCAGGAUGAUUUAGCUGUUGGGAAAACUACUGAGAAGGCAGAUUUUGCAGCCACUCUCAGUCGCACUGAGUAUGGUGGCAAGGUCAAGAAAGGGUUGUUUCGCAAGAUCGCGCCUAGGAACUCAUUCAGGAGAAAGUCUGAUUCCAGUUUGAACAGAAAUAAUGCAAAGAAACCCGUGGAGCUGGAUGGGCGGAUAGGAUCAAGUGACGAUAUGACUAAGGCCUUGAAACAAACCAAGAUAGUCAGCUAUGCUCACCCUCAGGGACCCGUCCAGUGGAAAAAUACCGGCAGGAAGCUCAUCCAGGGCACUGAAGAAUUGGGUGCACUAGAGGCUUUCCUUAUGAAUAAGGUGUCAAGUUUGAAUAAAGAAGAAAAUAAGCGUGACACGAUCGUUGACCGCGUGUUUAGAAAGGCUCUUCAAGAAUUCCAUAUGCAACUCAUUUCAUCGUACGCCGUCCUCAUGAAGGAAGACAAAUCGUUUACUCUGAAUUAUGAAGACUUGAUGGGUCAGUUUGAAUUCACGCUGAAGAAGACAAUCAAAAGCGAACGCAUCAGUGCCAAUUUUCCUGUCAUUAUGGGUGUGAAUGCUUUCGGAGGGGUGCUGUCUGAGUUCAUCGCGUUAAGAACGCGAUCGGAAGCCAAACACACUAGGGACAAGCAUCAAAAGAAAGCUCAUUUGAAGAAGCGAAAACCAUCUGAGCUCACGUUGUUCAACGGUCAUAGAUUCUCUACCACUCAAUUCAGUAUACCGACAUUUUGUGAGCAGUGCGGAGGGUUUAUAUGGGGAUUGGACAAAGCAUUCGUCUGCCAAGAGUGCAGAUUCACUUGCCACAAGAAGUGUCAUACCAAGUCUCAAAACAUUUGCAGAAAGGGAACGAACAGGUCUAAAGGAAAGACGGAACUGUUCGGUGGUGACCUAUCGGACCUUGUAUCGAAUGAAAAUUCUGUACCACCAUUAGUGGACAAACUCAUCCAAGAUAUUGAAGCGAGAGGUUUAUACAGUGAGGGUCUCUAUAGAAAAUCACCGAGCAAUGUUGCAGUAAAAAAGCUUAAGAACGAAAUUUGUACUGUGGGAAUUGAAAAUGUAUCAUUAGACGAGUACACUGUACAUGUAGUAGCUGGCGUUUUGAAGCUAUUCUUCCGGCAGCUGGCUGUACCCGUUAUUGCUGCAGAUUUUUACAUGGAUUUUAUACGUACUGCAGAACUAUCCGAUGAAAAGUUACGUUUACAAGCUCUUUACAAUCUGGUACAAAAGUUACCUCGAGCGUGUCAAAACACUUUGGAGAGACUUGUUUUUCAUCUUGCCAGAAUAACACAACAACAGGAGGUGAACCUUAUGAAUGCAAAUGCUCUGUCAAUAAUUUGGGCACAGUGUAUCAUGGCCACACCCCCCGGAAUGAGCGCGUUGGAAAGCAUGCAAGACGUCAGUAAACAGACCAAAUGUCUUGAAACCCUUAUUCUUGGUCAGUUAUCCAAGAUCCGAGCGACCAUCAACAACAUCCGAGAAAUUGAUAUUGCGUCAGAAUCUGCUCACAGACGCUUGUCCUUGUUGAACGUCAACGAAGGAGAGGAUGAUGGUUUGGUAAAGAACGGUCUUGAAGGCGAAGAAGAAGAAGAAGAAAAGCGACUUCUCACGCGGCAACUAUCUGAUUUUCGAGAACAGAGAGCUGUUUUGACAGCCAAACUGACAAGCUUGGAGCCCCGGAAGGGGGCAGACAGUGGAGAAGACAUGACUAGUGAUGACUGUCAAACAGAUGACGACUUGGAGGGAACUGAAGAGGAGAGAGUGGAAGAGUGCGCAGUUUCCUUUGACCUCCCUGCCACCCCGGUCCAGUUAGUUCAUCUUACAAAGAAUCGCGUCAGACAACCACUAGUCAGGCGGCGGAGGCCAACAAGAACCAAGUUACGUGAGCUUGCAGUUCAAAGAUGAGACAUUCUGUGACUUUCAACCUGCAGAGUGUGUUAUAUUUGUGCCUUCAGGGAAGAGUAAACGACGAUGAUUCUUCACUGGUUUUGGAGUUUGCCGGUUCUACAUCAUUCAAGGAAGCCUUUCAGGAUCAAAGCGAAAUAAGAGAUCUUGCGAGGUGUUUUCUGAAGGUAAUGGAGACCCAAGAUGCCGACCAGUGAAACUUAAAUGAUUUUACGUACUCAGAAAAAAUACGGAUGAAUAACGAUAACAGAUAUUGUCUCCGUUUUGAUUUCGUUGGUCAAAGGAACCACAGGGUUUUCCUCAACUCAACGUCACAUUGAUCGUCAGGCAAGUCUCCAUGAGAUGAAGUCUUGUGUGACAUGGGUCGUCACGCAACUAUUUGAAAGGAUUCUUACAGAUGCGGUGUCUUCUACAAAGGAAUCUUAGAUCUAAGCGAUAGAGUCAAUGACAAUAUGUUUGCAGCAAUUUAUAGACGCUUUUCCUAUUGAGAGUGUCUCCAUCAGCUUUCACUAAUUUUGAAGAGAUUUUUUAAAUUGAAUCUUACAUGGCAGCUUUAAUAUAGCGCGUGAAACGUGAUUAGUGGUACUUCUCGUUUACGCUCAUUUUGAUAUCAUUUACAGCUGAUUUUGUGGAGCCAAAAAAUAAAGAAGUAAUUCGUUUCGUCUUUCGCUGAUAAUAUUUACUAAGGUUUUUGGGGAAUACCGCUUUUAAAAAUUCGUCUCGCCAACCAAGUCUGAAAUUAAAGUAAUUAGAACUUUUGUAGAUACAACCUCUUUCAUAGGGUCUCGAAGGAAAAAACAUCCUGAGGAAACCGUGGGUAUGAGGUUAUACUAAUUAUGCUGUGGCGCAGGCGCCAAUUUGAUACGCUCAAAGCCUCCUGAGACGGAUGCAAUAAGAUAUGAAAAACAGAAAAAGAAGGAAAGAAUCAAAUUCUCUAGAAUCUACUUUGUCACAGCUAUUAGCUUUGCGCGCGGUUAUUAAAACAAUCAAAUAAUUUUCCAUGAUUUUAAUGCAAGGAGCUUAUAUCAUAGGUAAUCGGGAAGUGUUUCAACGUUUUUGAUUGAAACUUUAUCCAUCUAACUUGUAUUGGAUAAAUGAAUGACACAAUUAUAUUGAAAAUGGAAAUUAUACUAUUAGAUGUAGGUAGCGGGAAAAGAAUGAAAACGGCAUUAGGGGACUUUUUUUUUGCAUAGGCAUUAAAUCUCCCUAGCUCGCAGGCCAUAUGAAUCAUUUUACUUGGGCAUACACAAAUUAAUUAUGAAGUCAAAAAUUGUAAACAAAAUAUUAAUUCCUUAUGGUAGGAGUUAUUUAAUUUAUACGUAAUGUUGAAAAUUGGUAAAUGAACGGCUUUCCAGUAGUUUUGUACUUCUAUUGUAAUAUAUUGACUCGUACAUGUACUUAUCAUGCGACCAUGCGAUGUGAAGUAAGAAUAGCAAAUUUAAGAGUGUAACGAGUCUCGAAGUUUUACUGUUUGUUACGUAGUUCCUUUGUCGGUUUUGUGCCUUUUAUUAAAAUUAAAUACGAGCGCACUCAAACCUCCCAAA